AUGCAAGAUGGACACGAUCGCCACUCGAAAUCAACGGGAAGUGUUCAUGGCAAGCGACGUGCUACCCGACCCAAGGCAGCCAGACUUCACCGGGAAAAAUCUAUAGCAGGAACCGAAAAAAUGGGAUGUGGUGCAAGUAGCCGACCUAGUACGGAGAAACAAUCUCGGAAACCUCGACCGAAAAGAGAAAAUCGCACGGAUGAAAUAUGCGGCUAUUUGGAUUACCACAAGCCAUUGCCGAGUAGAAAUGUUCGUUUAUUCGUAUGCUCUACAUUUGGAGAUUUAGAAAGUGAACGCAACACUCUGAUUGAGAGGGUUUACCCAAGGAUCAGAAGCUUUUGUCGGGAACGAGGUUAUGAGUUUCAGGCUGUUGAUCUCAAUUUUGGCCUCAGUAAGGAGGAUUUAGAUGAUGAUCCUGCGCUUUCAACAAGAUUAGAGACGAUCAAAAAAUGUCAACACCAGUCUAUUGGUCCAAAUGUUUUGUUAGUUUAUUCUGCAAUCAUUGAAUUACAAGUUACUAUUUCAAUAUCUCACUCACAGAGAUGGUAUAAAAAGGAUAACAACUCCAAACCUGGCGUAUAUUUGCUACAAGAUUACACCAAUCUAUUUCCGGCAUCUGAUGAAGUCGAUGACCAAGUACAAAAAAUACAACGACGACAAAAGCAAUACACGAUAGAACAACGAUUAAGAAGUAUAAUAUCUAGUGCAAAAGCGAAAGAUGAAUCUCUUUGUCAUCUUCUUCUAUCAGUAACCGAAUUAGAGGUGCAGUGCGCGUUGCAAUGUUCUGAUCCAUGCAAAGAGUGUAUUUGGUGUCAGAGGUCUAUUGAAGUCGGGUAUCAACCUAAAAGCAAACACGUCCCAGUGGCAAACCUGUCCAAAUAUGUAGAAAAGAAUGAAGAGAAUGAUCUGUUGGAAAAUUUAAAAAAGAACGUUUUGCACGGCAAUAUAUCUCCACACAAUGCUUUGAAAUACUACGUGAAAUGGAACAAUGAGUUCGGUAUCGACCCAAGUAAAGUGACAAGUCAUAAGGACCACGUGGAUUCUCUAUGUUGGAAUGUCGAAGAUAAACUUAUAGAUUUGAUCACAUCAGCUAUUUCGGAAAACAAACAUUUCUUUAAGAACAACAAUGAUGAGUUGUUCUAUGAAGUUCACCACCACAUGAAUAUAUGUAAGAGUUAUUGUCAGACGUUUGUAGGGAGAGACGAGGUAUUAAAGAACAUCCAAGGUUAUUUCGCCACCAGCAAGAGAUCUCCUCUUGUAAUCCAUGGUCCGCCAGGAAGCGGUAAGACGGCAAUCGCCUCUAUGGUUACUAAAAUGUUAAGAACGUGGAUACCUGGUGAUUUGGACGCAGUCGUUGUUGUACGCUUUGUUGGCACAUCGCCAAAUAGUAAAACCCUGAGAGGACUGCUGCACAGCGUAGUCUGCCAAAUUAAUCAGGCAUAUGGAAAUAAAAGAUAUGUACUACAGGAUCUCAACUAUCUAAUUCAACGUCUACCAAGAACACUCUCACAAGCAUCUGAGGAGCGACCUCUCGUAAUCAUUCUGGACUCCAUUGAUGACGCAAAGACAUUUCGAACAUCACGUCGGUUGUCCUGGUUACCAAUACGUCUUCCACACCACGUCAAAGUGAUACUGACCGUAUCAGUGGAGGAUAAAUCGAGAAGCUUAGCAGAGCUGCAGGACUAUUUAACGGACAGUUCGUGCUUCAUUGGAAUUCCACGUUUAACGGAGGGAGAAAUAAGCGAACUCACCAGACGGUUACUCGUGGCAUCCAAUCGCACACUCAAAGCUCAGCAAUGGAGCAUCCUUCUCACAGCCUGUGGUAGGUCGCCUUACCCACUAUUCGCCACGCUAGCUACUCACCAGUCUUCAAAGUGGAAGUCGUAUACCAAAUUUCAAGAGGCCUGGUUGGGAUUCACAGUGAAAGAGCUCGUUCAGUCUGUUUUCGAGAAGUUGGAGGAUACAUUUGGGAAGUGUCUCGUCAGUCACGUGCUUGGAUACAUUACAGUGUCAAGGUAUGGCUUGAGUGAAAACGAACUAGAAGACAUAAUGUCAUGUGAUGAUGAAGUUCUCAAUGACCUGUACGAAGACUGCUUUCCCCCGGUCCGUCGCAUCCCAUCGCUACUAUGGUUACGCAUCCGUGAGAAGUUAUCGGUGUACUUUACAGAAAGAACUAUCGACAAUGUAGUAGUCACAUCGUGGAGUCACUCGCAACUCAAAGAGUUCUCAGCAUUGCGGUAUUUUGUUGAUGAUGACAAAAGAAAGAUGUUACACUCCAACAUAGCGGAUUAUUUUCUUGGUGCUUGGUCAAAUGGUGUCAAAAAGCCAUUUGUUACCUGCAAAAUGGAAUUUGGAAAGAACGAUCGUUUGGUGGCGGCACAGCCACUGAUGCUGAACGACGAUACAUACAAUAUGAGAAAACUGAACGAGUUACCGUAUCAUUUACUACAGAGUGAUAGGCUAGGGACUCUGAAAGUCAAGGUCCUGUGCAAUUAUGAUUGGCUAAUAGCAAAGUUAAAGGCGACAUCUUACAGUCAAUUGCAGGAAGACUUCAAGAUGGCUUUACAGAAAUACCCGGAUGACGAAAAUAUCACGGUGGUUGCUGAAACGCUUUCACUUUCACGUGAUGCAUUGCAGAUCCACCCUCACCACUUGGCGUCCCAGCUUGUGGGCAGGAUAACGAAGACAGCAGGGCUUGAAGAACUUUUAAAGCGUGCCCGAGCGCCAGAUAUUACAAGCCUUACACCGUUCCUGCCAUUUCUAUCACCACCCGGAUGUCAAUUGGUUCAUAGCAUGGCGGGACAUACGUCAACUAUUACGUCAAUGGAUAUAACUCAAGAUGGACGUUACAUUGCAACUGCCUCCGUGGAUGAGAGCAUACAUAUCUGGGCAGUAAAGGAUGGCGUCCUCCUCAAAUCGGUUGAUUGGAUUGGCAAAGGUAUCAGACGAGUCAACUACGCAAAUGGUGAUAAGCUCUUAGUCAUUUCAUAUUCCAAUAGUCUGAAGUUCAUAAACGCUAUCACAUUAGUAACUGAGUAUGUCUUGAAUAUUCGAGGACUGCACGGCAAAGCCCCGUCAUUCGCGAUAGGAGGCAAAGGAAAGAAGACUGCGUUCCUUGUUCGACCCGGUAAAUUAGUAAUUGUCGAUGUUGCCAAAGGAAACACGUUAUCAGAAAUAAGAGAUACCGCUCUUCAGCGGACUUGUGAGGACACGAAAAUAUCGGCAAGAGGUGACAUGGUCGCUUAUUUUAAUCCAAAUUACAAGAAGAAGUCGAUAAAAGUGACCAGUGUCCAUACAGUCAAGCCAGUCUUGAAAUCGAUAAAAAUCAACCCCGACGACAAGUCGGACUAUCACCGACCAGGGCAUAAAGACACUAUUGUGUCCGACGUGGCUGUUACGUCAUCGCGAUACGUGAUUGUUAUUUGUCGUAACUUCAAUGAUGUAAGUAUUUACGAUGGACACUCAUUAAGAUUGAUAAGGCGAAUUCGUAACCAUUCCGAGCAUCUGUAUGGGAAGACGUCGGUUCACCGAAUUGUGUAUGAUGACCACAACUUGGCUUUUCCCGUGCAAGACGCAGUUGCAGUGUGGGAUCUCGCGGGCAGUGAUGGCAAGUGGUACGGCCUGCAACAUCCAACUGACGUAACAGGCGUCGCAUCUGUAGACAUGAAGAGGUUCGUCACCAUAGCAACAGAUCACGUAGUAAGAAUAUGGGAUGUGUCUAAGGAUGAAGAAGAAUCAAUGUUUAUAAGAAAUGAUUGGGACAGUCAUGUCCUUAUGUCAAAAUGUUUCCCUCGCCACGGAGAGUCCACUGAUGACGAUAGAAGCGUGGUUAAUGAUGACUCUAUGGAAGUGGUCACCACUAGCGACGUAUAUAUCGGAAGUGACAUCAUCAAUGAAAAAACACAAUAUACGUUCGAUGUGUGCCAAUUGUUAUCUGACGCGCAUGAUAUAUUCUACACAGAUUAUUCAUUGUAUCCGUCAGAACGAAUCAAAUGCGUUGUUCAGCAAAUCGAGGAAAUCCCCGGAUGUACUACGUACGUACUUGUAAAAUCCAAAAAUAAUAACCAAUACUCCAUCACCAUAUUGGACCUGUCGACCCUGACACCGGUGAGACAAAGCGUCAUGUAUCGAUCACGGCACUGCGAUCGGGAGACAUUCGACACAGCCCAGAUUGUGACUGUGAAUGACAAAAUAGCUGUUGUCAUAUUACAGAACACGUUAGUACUUGUGGAUUUUGUCGAUAGUCUGGUGCUAAGAACUUUGAAUGGAAAGGUUACGUCCGACAGGAUAGUACUUGUCAAUAACAGAGAAAAAAUUGCAGCCAUUGAAGAAUCGAGGGAAGUUAUUAAAUUGUACAAUAUUGAAACCGAUGAACCAAUAAUUUUGAGGGGGUACGAAAAAAAAUGUCGCGUCUCACGAAUUUGUGCCAGCGACGACGGUAUGGGGAUUAUACUAGUGAGCCAGUUGGAAAGUAGCGUGGGCGUUUUUCACGUGUGGGACGUCACGUCGUUCUCGUUAAUGCACGUGUUGCAAUGUGACGUGGACGAACAGUGCUGUUUAAGGCUUUUGAUUGGCGAAAUGGUUUUAUCACGUGACAGUCGCUAUCUCUGUCAUGCGUACAAAGCGGAGUUUAUUAUGGUAUGGGAUUUGGAAAACGGAGAUGUCGUGCAUCGUCUGCAGGCUAAGGAAAAAUGGCGACGGGUCAAGACGUAUGUAACUACUGGCACGGAUAGAAUAUUAGUUGCCUAUGACAACGGUACUGUAAUGCUAUGGAACAUAUCGGAAGCUAAUGUGAUACACAUGCUAAACGGACAUACAAUUUCGCCGACAAUUUUAAAAAUUUCGUCAGAUGGACAGCGAGCACUAUCUAUGACAAGUUGUGGUUACCAUGACAGUGAACGGCUACUCGUUUUAUGGAAUCUGCAAGAGGGUUACAAAAUCGGUGAUUUUAGGAUGGAUUACGUUCCAAAUCUUUCUUAUCGGAAGGAAACUGUUCAUCUUCUGUGCAAUGGCCACUUGAUAGUUUUACCUACUGCCACGAUCGGAUCGCCUGUUACGUUGAGGGCACAGAGCAAAACACUCCACCGAUUCGAAGUCCCCACCGAGUGGCCGGCUCUCUACCAACAAAAAGGUGAGCACUUGGUAUUAGAUUUCUCACAAGCAUUCGCAAAUGAAGAAGAUCCAGGCUCAGAAACAGCGAAAAAUGAAAGCGAAACCAGAAGUGAAGAAAUUAAAGAUGGGGGCGAGGAGUAA